AUGGUCAGCUCUCCUCAUCUUUCGAGAACAUUCUCUCUUUCGAUACACAUUACUAUUACUAACCAUCUUUCUACUGAUCAGCCCCCCAAACGAAGAGGCCCCCCCGCAGCUCCCAAAGAGAAAAAAGCCCGCCAAUCCAAGCUCGCAAAGGAGAAUAACAUUACCGCCGAGGAAGAGAAUGAGAUAAAGGAAGCCUUUGGACUCUUUGCGGACAAGAAUGAGGAAUUCAAAGAUGAGAAGGAAGGCGUGAUGCGAACGAGGGAUGUGCGGCGUGCUCUUGUAGCGCUAGGUCUCCCGCCCGACUCAGCAUCAGAACUAUCUUCUAUUGUCGCCGCCGUCGAUCCUACUUCAACGGGCUUCGUGACCUACGACGCUUUCGUGUCCGUGGCAGCCGCAAAACUGCACAUGCGCGGCGACGAUGCGCUCGAUGCAGAGGUUGAUGCCGCAUACCGUCUUUUCACACAGGGCUCCGAUGGACCCAUCACGUUCCAUCACCUGCGACGGAUAGCGCGAGACUUGAAAGAAGAUAAUGUUGGAGAUGAUUUGUUGAAAGAUAUGAUUCGGGAGGCGAAUGGUGGGGAUGGAUUGCAGAAGGGAGUGACAUUGGAGCAGUUCCGGGAUGUGAUGGCCAGAGCGGGAGUUUUCUGA